UCGUACUUUUCGAGCGGGCAAUUUUUAUUACGACGGUGUUCGACGUAAAAGAACUGUUACGUAUAAAGAUAAAGUUAACAUUAGUUCCGAAUACAAACAAUUUUUAUUCAUCUGUGUAUGAGUGACAAAUGUUAAACACUUAUAACACUCAAUAAUCAUGCAACUUGCAUCUGACCCAAAGGACGUACAGGAUCUUCAAUUCAAACAAUGGAGUACACGACAAAUAUUGGAUGGCUUUACAACAAUUCCCUCGGCGUGCAAUCUCAUUGCAACCGAUGCAAGAAGAGGACUGCUCUACGUUGGUCAUGAUAAUAAAAUAACAAUUUUGAAAUGCAACUCGGCGACAGCUGGGAAUUGGAAAUUCGAGCAUGAACUCCCCAACAUAAUAUCUCGCAUAGCUCUCAGCUGUGACAAUGAAUAUGUCUCGGUCACUUUUCACAAUGCAACAGCAAGGAUUUACAAUGCUGCGUCUUUCACGAGUAACGACUUGGAGCUGCUUCACGAGAUCCAAUUAUCGUCGUCUAAUGAAAACGUUUUUGCUUAUGAUCUCAAAUGGAAUCCCGCGGUACCUGGAAUGUUUUGCACAGUAUCGAGUGACCAUACGAUAGGAAGUUUUGUAGUAAAAACCGAACGUAAAACGACGGUGGGACUGGUUGCGAUGGAGAAAAUUCCUGGAUUAGAGGUUCUGUGCGUAGCCUGGAGUCCCAAAGGAAAGCAAAUAGUGGUGGGAUGCAAAAAUGGUAACAUAGUACAACUGAAACAAGAUUUGAAAAUCGCGAGGAAGAUAGCGGGCCCGUCACCGAGCGUGGGAGGAGUGAUAGCGAUUUUGUGGAUCAGUAAUUAUCAAUUUUGCGCUGCGUACCAAGAUCCGAACGACCGUUCAAUCAAGGUUCUUAUAGUGGAUGCGCCAAAGGGCGAAGUGAAUGGCAAGUUUACUUGUUACGACGACAUAACAUACGGGACGCCGGAAGCCGAGGCAGAAACUUCGUAUUCUCGUUAUUAUUUGGACCAUAUUGCCGAAUGGGGAUUAAUUAUAGCAGCGAGUAGCAGCAGUUCGGAAGUGGCUGUUCUCGGGACUCUCGACAAUGGGAGUACGUGGGAACAGUGGCAAUUGGUUGACAGUGGUAGAGCUCAACUUCCGUUGAUUCGCACGACCGAAAGUUAUCCGGUUGGAAUAACAAUCGACAGAUCCUCCGAGAAUAAAUUGGCGCUCAGUCCGGAAGUGACUCUUCCAUAUCCGGUACCGGUUCUUCAUAUUCUCGGUACUUCCGGUCAAUUGAUAAGCUUUCACAUUGUCAAUUUGACAGCUAAUUGUCCUUCGAUCUGUACACCGCCAACCGAAAUUGUCACGGCUAUACAAAAUUCGAACUCACGCCCGAGUCUCUUACCUUCCGAAAUAUCUUUUAGUUUGAAGAGCGGCGUGACCAGUACACCGUUGCCGAAACAAGGAGAAUUCCCAGGAAUUGAACGACCGAAAAUAUUACCGACUGCAAAUUUGUUUAACGAGCCAGCGAAAAACAUUUUAUCUGCCCAACAACAACAGAUACAGCAACAACAACAAAUACAACAGCAGCAACAACAACAGAUACAGCAGCAGCAGCAACAACAGAUACAGCAGCAGCAGCAGCAACAACAGCAGCAGCAGCAGCAGCAGCAGCAGCAACAGCAACAGAUGCAGCAGCAGCAACAACAACAGAUACAGCAAGUAGAGUUGAAAAUUCCAAAAGCGCGAAUCGAAAAAGUUGAAGCUCCUUCAACAAAAGAAAUUAUAGCAUCGCCCGUUAAAGAAGUAAGACCCGAAAAAAUCGCAGUUGACGAAGGUUUGUGUAUGCGGGCUUAUCAAGAGGAACAAAUGUUAUUCGAGAAAGAAUUGCGAGCUAAAUUAGAAGCGCAAACUUGGGAAUGUGGUACGGACGAAGAGCAGAAACGACUAGUGACUCAAUCUUCGAUAAUCGAUGAAUUUCUUCGUGAUUUGCGAGAGACAACGAACAGUCUAUCGAGUGACAUCGCUUACUUGAAGGCUCUGUUGCUCCAAUCGUUCGCCUGGCUUGAAGAAACGAAAUCAAAGAACUCGGCAAAUUCCACUGACAACCCUCGCGAUCGUGGAGAUCGUCACAAAAUAAAGGAACUGCAGAAGUUGUUCUUUUACGUUCAAUCGCAACUGGUUCAAGCUACGAAAACUCUUGACAUGGAGUGGAUUGAACAGGAAAGUCGAGAGAAAUCGAAAAUCAAAAUACCCAGCUUGGAAUUCAUUUAUCAGAGUUUGAAGAAACACGCUGAUAUAAUCGCGAGGGAGAAAACUAUUUUGGAAACCCAUUUGAAGAAAUGGAAGGUUUUGACACGUGGUAACAAAACUUCAGGACUCGACAGAGCCAUGGCUAAAAUGAACAUUUCCUCGAUGUCCUCGGGAGGGAAAAACAAUGACGUCGGAGCUAUUGAACUGAGAUGCAAAGCUAUCGAGAGCAACACGCGAAGUUUUAGUAUCGAAAAGCAAAUGAAACUUCGGGAACUUCUCCUUGAAACGAAACCUCGAGUAAUUACAGCUAUAAAUCCUUCACCGGUUCAGGAUCGAUUGGAAGCAACACUUUCUUCAUUAGCUUCACUCACUCAAGUUCCUAACGUCGUUAAAACGAAACCCAAUCGAAUUGCUGCUCCGAUCGCUAAGGAUCAGACCAUACCGAAGAUUUCUGAACAGAGUCCGUUGGGUUCGUUGAACAGUAUCGUUGCAAAAUUCGGAUCACCGAGCACCGAUGUUAUACAAACUAAAAUCACUCCGAAGGGAUUCCCUAUUGGCAGUACGUUUAGUUGGACCGACUCGCAAACUGAUAAAAAACAGGGCGUGUCGCCCCUCGCGCAAACGAAACCCAAACAGAAUAUAAUAAUUAGUUUUAAUCAACAAAAGAACUCGACGACGUCGCCUUCGAAUCCACGAUCCCAGGCGCAAUCCGAAGUGAAAACCAUUACUUUUGGCAGUGCCGAAUCAAAACCACAGGAACAAGCGCUCACCGCUCCGAGUGAUGUUUCCUCGAAUGAUACAAAGUUGCCGCCAACACCAAAAGAGAAUUUUUCCUUUAGAGGAUCCUCGUUUUUCCAAGAUACUGCAAAACCAUCGCCUACUUUCUCGGCGAUAACACCGACUAAAAGUGAAACGAACGCAGCACCGAUUUCAAAUUUGAAUUUCACAGUAUCAUUCCAACCUGCCACCACUCGAGAAACCGUGCGCGAGACAGCUCCAAGUAAUUUCAGCUUUACAGCAACUACCCAACCGACAAAAACCUCCAAUGAGUCUGGAAUUUCGCCACCGAAUCUACAAAACUUUUCAUUCUCCUCAAAACCUAGUGAUGCACCGGCCUUCUCAUUUGCAUCGAAAGAUCCUGCUCCCCCGACUCAAACUACCUUUCAACCUACGUCCAAUAUUCCAGGACUUUGUGAUACCGGGCUCGCUUCGAUUGGGAGAUUAUCCAAGGGUCCUGAAGCAGUUUUUAAUUUCUCUGAGGCCACCAUUUCCAGUGGCACUUCCGCUACAGCAACGACGUCUCAGCUACCCCGCCCCCAGGAAACUCCAGCUCCAUCGUCAACGGGCAUUAGUUUCGCUGGUACUGCGAUAAAUUCAUCGGCAAGUGCUACGACUUUUGACAAAGCAACAACGAGUGCACCGAGCCCUUCGAUUUCCGGUGUGCCAGCAAGUAAGGCCAGUAUCUUGAGCGGUUCUAGUUUGACCGCUCCACUUUUAGGUUCUUUAAAUGCUGCUCAACAGAACCCACCUUUGACUUUGGCUUUUGCUGUCAAUCAAAAUGCCCCAACAACCACCAGUAGCGAAACUCCAGCAUCUGGAGCUUCGAUGAUAUUCGGAAUACCCAAGCCGAGCCUCGCAGUUCCAAAAACCUCUGCUGAAGCAAGCGCCACAACGAGCUUCAGUAAAUCGACGAUCAAUUUCUCGAGCCCUGGUUCCAGUGGAAUGCUGGAAAAUCCCUCGGCGACAGUGAACUUCGGGACCGCGAUAUCCAACACGAGUUCAUCGCCUUUCGGAAAAUCACCAGGAACCGUAGCGAUCGGAGCUUUUAGCCAAACUCCUACGGCGCCUGCAACCAGCCCGGUUGCGACCAAAUCUCCUGUAGCUCCGCCGACUGGAAGUGGAUUUUUCGGUGCAGCCACCGGCGGGGCCUCCAAUUCCGUAUUUGGAAGUGCCGCGGCUUCCCUAUCGCCGUCGAUCUUCGGCGGUGGGAGUUCCAACCAAAGUACGAGCACCGUUUUCGAAACGAAUACCGCGUCCGUCGCACCUUUCGGGAGCUCAACUUCCGCUCCAAUCUUCGGUGUACAGAAAUCAUCAUCUUCCAUAUUUGGGGGUAACGCAGCCUCUCCCAUCUCUUCGCCUUUCGGUGGAGUAUCAACUUCAACCGCAAAUCCAUCUGCAAUCGGAUCACCGCAAACAGCCCCAGCUUUUGGACAAAGUGCAACUUUUGGCGCAAAACCCGUUUUUGGAGCGCCAGCUCCCAUUUUUGGGAGCGCUUCUAGUCCUUUUGGAGGCAUGACUUUCGGCGCCAGCGCUACUCCCGCAGGAUUCAGUGGUCCACCUACAAUGGGUGGAAGUCCUCCCCCUCUGAGUACAGCUUCGGUGCAAAAAGUAUUCAGUAGCCCAGGAGGUUCACAUAGUUUCGAGGCUUUGGCUGGCCAAAACGGUGGGCUGACUUUUGGCAAUCUAGCUCAAAAGACACCGGAAGCCCCGGCAGCACCGUCAUUUUCCGGAGGAAGUUCGUUUUCUAGUUGGCGGUAGAAGCAGUUUAGAAUCCUCCCAUCGUUCCGAAUCACGAUCUAAUUUCGAACUUCAUGCGCUAUCGACUCCGUAAGACUUAAUCACGAAGAUUAUCUACGACCGUAUUUUUUACGGAAUUUCAUUUAAAAAAAUAAAAAAUAAAACAUUUUA